AUGUCGGGAAGGGACGUUUCGUACAUACAAUCCAGACUCGACGCGCUCCAGGAGGUCGACGUCCGGCUCGUGUCGAUGCUGGACAACUUGUCGACGACGCUCGACCUGCUCAAGAGCCACAAACAGGCCGGCGUCGCGAACGAGGCCGAAUUCAAGACCGCCGCCUCUGGUUUCUACUCUGACCUCAGCCACGCCGCUGUCAGUCUAAGCAGGGAGGUGAAGACCAUCAACAACAAGAUUACGUCGCAAACGGGCGAGCUCGACCUGUUGCCGGUUCAAAUAAAUAAGAAGUCUGUCUGGGUCAACGACGCCAAGCUUAGGGAGGAAAUCGAGUACUUGGACAAACUGGCAGACUUCAAGAGCAUCGAGGUCCCGCCAGACGAGCCCGAGAGGCGUGAGGAGUCGCCGCAAGAAGACAAAAAAAUCCCGGAAACCAUCGACUUAGACGAUAUCGACAUGAACGACGCAAAUACAUGA